GUAGUAUCACGUGACCAUCGUUUCCCUAAAACAUUUAGCAGUCCUGAAUCUGGCUCUUACUUAAGCAGACUUGACAACAUGGUCAUGUUUUUAGCCAUUAAGGAAAUACCAACAAACAGUCUUUGAGAUCCAAAGUCUAAGUAGCGUAAUACCAGACUUUGAGGCGUAAAGUAGUUUUCGUCGAAUCUUCUUUUUCGACGCAGCGUCUCUGAAGCACAUACAGACCAUUCGACCCAUAGAUCAACCCUUGUGUUGAAACAAUGGCGGCUUUUAGUAAAUAUGUCACAGCCAAGAAUUCCUCAAUAGCAGGUGCCAUUUUGCUGGUGUUAUAUGUGGUGAGAAACAGAAGACGAAAGCAAAAGCAGCACGGCCCAAAACAAGGAUCAGAUUUGGUGCUCAACUUGGAUAAGGAUGGCAAGAAAGACCGUGCAGCAGUCGACAGAAUUUUCUUUCUUCGAAUUUUACGGAUAUUGCGGAUCAUGGUACCUCAGAUUUUUUGCAUGGAGACUGGAUACCUGAUCCUUAUCGCCGUGAUGUUGGUGGCAAGGACCUACUGUGACGUAUGGAUGAUCCAGAAUGGAACCAUGAUCGAAAGUGCAAUAAUUGGCCGCUCAACGAAAGAUUUCAAGACCUUCUUGUUCAGCUUCAUCCGAUUCAUGCCAGUUAUAGCCUUGGUGAACAACUUCCUGAAGUUGGGACUGAAUGAGCUGAAACUGAGGUUUCGAGAGCGGCUCACAAAGCACCUAUAUGACCAGUACCUGCAGGGCUUCACCUACUACAAAAUGGGCAACUUGGACAACCGGAUUGCCAAUGCAGACCAGUUGUUGACUCAAGAUGUUGAAAAAUUUUGCAACAGUGUGGUGGAUCUCUAUUCCAACCUCAGCAAGCCUUUGCUCGAUAUUGGUUUGUACAUCUUCAAGCUGACAAGUGCCAUUGGAGCUCAGGGCCCAGCCAUCAUGAUGUCAUACCUGCUCAUCUCCGGUUUGCUGCUGACCCGAUUGAGGAGACCCAUCGGCAAAAUGACUGUCACGGAGCAACGCUAUGAGGGAGAGUACCGUUAUGUAAACUCUCGCCUCAUCACCAACAGUGAGGAGAUUGCAUUCUACAAUGGGAACCUGAGAGAAAAACAGACCAUUCACACUACUUUUAAAAAACUGGUUGACCAUCUACAUAACUUCAUCUUCUUCCGUUUUACAAUGGGAUUUGUGGACAGCAUAAUUGCCAAAUACAUUGCCACUGUUGUGGGAUACCUGGUGGUUAGCAGGCCUUUCUUAAACCUGUCCCACCCGCGACAUCAUCACAGCACACAGUCUGAGCUCCUGGAGGAUUAUUACCAGAGUGGCAGGAUGCUCCUUCGGAUGUCCCAGGCUCUUGGCAGGAUUGUUCUCGCUGGUCGAGAAAUGACUCGGCUCUCAGGAUUCACAACUCGUAUCACUGAGCUGUUAAAAGUCUUGAAGGAUUUAAAUUCUGGCAAAUAUGAACGCACCAUGGUUUCCCAACAGAAGGGUGAAUAUGAGACUGACGCAACAGAAAGUCUGACACUCGUGCCUGGAAAAGGUGAAAUUAUCAACAGAGAUAAUAUCAUCAAAUUUGACCAUACCCCUCUGGCAACACCAAAUGGAGACAUUCUAAUCAGAGACCUCACAUUUGAGGUGAGUUCUGGCACCAAUGUUCUUGUGUGCGGACCAAAUGGUUGUGGCAAGAGCUCGCUGUUCAGAGUCCUUGGAGAACUUUGGCCUCUGUUUGGGGGACAACUGACUAAACCAGAGAGAGGGAAGCUCUUUUAUGUUCCACAGAGACCCUAUAUGACCCUUGGUUCUCUGAGGGACCAAGUGAUUUACCCUGACACCAUUGAAGAACAAAGGAGGAAAGGAAUAUCUGAUCAGGUAUUGAAGGAGUACUUGGACAAUGUUCAGCUGGGCCACAUCUUAAACAGGGAGGGCAGUUGGGACUCAGUGCAGGACUGGAUGGAUGUUUUGAGUGGAGGAGAAAAGCAGAGGAUGGCUAUGGCCCGACUGUUCUACCACAAACCCCAAUUUGCUAUCCUGGACGAGUGCACCAGUGCCGUGAGUGUUGAUGUGGAAGACUACAUCUACAGCCAUUGCAGAAUGGUGGGCAUUACUUUGUUCACGGUUUCUCACAGGAAGUCUCUUUGGAAGCAUCACGAGUAUUACCUGCACAUGGAUGGCCGAGGAAACUACGAAUUCAAACCCAUCACAGAAGAAACUGUGGAGUAUGGCUCUUGACCGGUGACUCCUCACUGAAAUGCACUUGUCUACUAAUCCAGUCCAAAAUUUGCACAGAAAACGGUGCCUAUCACUGAUAUGCGGUAACGGUGUAGUAACUUUUUGGUUUGUUUUUUUUAAUUAAUUGGGACCUGUUCAUUUGUCAAUAUGAUUUUAGGAAAAAUAUCUGAAUUGCGAACUUGAAUGUUUUACGCGUGUAAAAAUGAUUAGAGAUGAUGACAUCACUACAUAAUAGUGUCAUGAAGCCUACUAACCACACUUGGCGUAAAUUGUCCUGUUCCAUUGUGAACAGUGUCCAGGACAGUGUACAGGACCCUAUUUAUACUGUUUUUAUUUCAGAGGAAGAUCAUUUCCUUGUAAACUAUUUCAGCAUUUUCUACCAGUGUUGUCUGGCACACUCAAAAAUGACUCUUCAUGUUUUUUUUUUUUUCUAAAUCUAAAUUGUUUGAAGGCGGACAGCUGUUUGAUCCUUUAAUGGCAUUUUGAUUGACUAGCUGUGUCCAAGCUGGCCAAACAAAUCCUGAGUCAGCUCAGAUGUCAAAGCAAGAGUCACAUAAUUAAAUAUCGGUACGUCAGGCUCGAGGUUAUGUCAAUGUGCUAUUUGUUGUUGUCAGCACUCUGGUGCAAGGUAAUCGUUUCAUCAGACCGCUGACUUAACGGCAGUUUCACGUGACCGUUUUCUAUUUGGAUUAGAACGAUAACCUCUGCAAUGUAGGAUCAUUUAGAACUGACUAUCUCUUGCUCCGUUGAUUUUGACUUCUCUUAAAUUUUACAGUGAUAUCAUUCUGAAGUUUGUUGGGGGGUGGGGGGGUUGCUAUUGGUAAUCUCAUAAAUUAUGAAAUGUGUCUAUAAUUGGCUCAUAGGUGCACAAGAUUGUCUUCCAAUGAGUCUCUGUAUAAAAUAUCGAAAUAAACGAUGCACACAAUUAAACUUGA